AUGGGCUUCAGUCCCCCCUGCCUUAAAAUCAUAAUUGUGGAUGAAAGUAAUCUAAGUGGCUGCACUUUUGAUGAUGGUCCGGGGGCCUGUGAUUACCACCAGGAUCUGUAUGAUGACUUUGAAUGGGUACAUGUCAGUGCUCAAGAGCCUCAUUAUCUGCCCCCUGAGAUGCCUCAAGGUUCUUAUAUGAUAGUGGACUCUUCAGAUCACGACCCUGGAGAAAAAGCCAGACUUCAGCUGCCUACAAUGAAGGAGAAUGACACUCACUGCAUUGAUUUCAGUUACCUAUUAUAUAGCCAGAAAGGGCUGAAUCCUGGCACUUUGAACAUACUAGUUAGGGUGAAUAAAGGACCUCUUGCCAAUCCAAUUUGGAACGUGACUGGAUUCACGGGUAGAGAUUGGCUUCGGGCUGAGCUAGCAGUGAGCACCUUUUGGCCCAAUGAAUAUCAGGUAAUAUUUGAAGCUGAAGUCUCAGGAGGGAGAAGUGGUUAUAUUGCCAUUGAUGACAUCCAAGUACUGAGUUAUCCUUGUGAUAAAUCUCCUCAUUUCCUCCGUCUAGGGGAUGUAGAGGUCAACGCAGGGCAGAAUGCUACAUUUCAGUGUAUUGCUACAGGGAGAGACGCUGUGCAUAACAAGUUAUGGCUGCAGAGACGAAAUGGAGAAGAUAUACCCGUAGCCCAGACUAAGAACAUCAAUCACAGAAGAUUUGCUGCUUCCUUUAGAUUGCAAGAAGUGACAAAAACUGACCAGGAUUUGUAUCGCUGUGUAACUCAGUCAGAACGAGGCUCUGGUGUGUCCAAUUUUGCUCAACUUAUUGUGAGAGAACCGCCAAGACCCAUCGCUCCUCCUCAACUGCUUGGUGUUGGGCCUACAUAUUUGCUCAUUCAACUAAAUGCUAACUCGAUCAUCGGUGAUGGUCCCAUUAUCCUGAAAGAAGUAGAGUACCGAAUGACAUCAGGAUCCUGGACAGAAACCCAUGCAGUCAAUGCUCCAACUUAUAAAUUAUGGCAUUUAGAUCCAGAUACUGAAUAUGAGAUCCGUGUCCUGCUUACGAGACCUGGCGAAGGUGGAACAGGACUGCCAGGACCUCCAUUAAUCACCAGAACCAAAUGUGCAGCCCUUAUAUACUCAUCAAGCAUUAUGUUGGAAUAUCUGAAAAUUGAAAACGAAAACUGUGAGAUCUGUGAAGAUAUCAGCUAUAGCAGCAUAAGAUCAUUUGAUCCUGCAGUUCCGGUGGCUGGACCUCCCCAGACUGUAUCAAAUUUAUGGAACAGCACACACCAUGUGUUUAUGCAUCUCCACCCUGGAACCACAUACCAGUUUUUCAUAAGAGCCAGCACAGUCAAAGGCUUUGGUCCAGCCACAGCCAUCAAUGUGACCACCAAUAUCUCAGCUCCAACUUUACCUGACUAUGAAGGAGUUGAUGCCUCUCUCAAUGAAACUGCCACCACAAUAACUGUAUUGUUGAGACCAGCACAAGCCAAAGGUGCUCCUAUCAGUGCUUAUCAGAUUGUUGUGGAGGAGCUGCACCCACACCGCACCAAGAGAGAGGCUGGAGCCAUGGAAUGCUACCAGGUUCCUGUCACCUACCAAAAUGCCAUGAGCGGGGGUGCACCCUAUUACUUCGCUGCGGAACUACCCCCAGGGAAUCUACCUGAGCCUGCCCCAUUCACAGUGGGCGACAACAGGACCUAUCAAGGCUUUUGGAACCCCCCUUUGGCUCCACGCAAAGGAUACAACAUCUAUUUCCAGGCAAUGAGUAGUGUGGAGAAGGAAACUAAAACCCAGUGUGUACGAAUUGCUACAAAAGCAGCAGCAACAGAAGAACCAGAAGUGAUUCCAGAUCCUGCCAAGCAGACAGACAGAGUGGUGAAAAUAGCAGGAAUUAGUGCUGGAAUUUUGGUGUUCAUCCUCCUCCUCCUUGUUGUCAUAUUAAUUGUAAAAAAGAGCAAGCUUGCUAAAAAACGCAAAGAUGCUAUGGGGAACACCCGGCAAGAGAUGACUCAUAUGGUGAAUGCUAUGGAUCGAAGUUAUGCUGAUCAGAGCACUUUGCACGCAGAGGAUCCUCUUUCCAUCACCUUCAUGGAUCAACAUAAUUUUAGUCCAAGAUAUGAGAACCACAGCGCCACAGCAGAGUCCAGUCGCCUUCUAGAUGUUCCUCGCUACCUCUGCGAGGGGACGGAAUCCCCUUACCAAACGGGACAGCUGCACCCAGCCAUCAGGGUAGCCGACUUACUGCAGCACAUUAAUCUCAUGAAGACAUCGGACAGCUAUGGGUUCAAAGAGGAGUAUGAGAGCUUCUUUGAAGGACAGUCAGCAUCUUGGGAUGUAGCUAAAAAAGAUCAAAAUAGAGCAAAAAACAGAUAUGGAAACAUUAUAGCAUAUGAUCACUCCAGGGUAAUUUUGCAACCUGUUGAGGAUGAUCCUUCUUCAGAUUACAUUAAUGCCAACUAUAUCGAUGGCUACCAGAGACCAAGUCACUACAUUGCAACUCAAGGCCCAGUUCAUGAAACAGUAUAUGAUUUCUGGAGAAUGAUCUGGCAAGAACAGUCUGCCUGCAUUGUGAUGGUUACAAAUUUAGUUGAGGUUGGCCGGGUUAAAUGCUAUAAAUAUUGGCCUGAUGAUACAGAAGUUUAUGGUGACUUCAAAGUAACUUGCGUAGAAAUGGAGCCACUUGCUGAAUAUGUUGUUAGGACAUUUACCCUGGAAAGGAGGGGAUACAGUGAAAUCCGUGAAGUUAAACAGUUCCAUUUUACGGGCUGGCCUGACCAUGGAGUGCCGUACCAUGCCACGGGGCUGCUUUCCUUCAUCCGGCGAGUCAAGUUAUCCAACCCUCCCAGUGCCGGCCCCAUCGUUGUGCAUUGCAGUGCUGGUGCUGGACGAACGGGCUGUUACAUUGUGAUUGACAUCAUGCUGGACAUGGCUGAAAGAGAAGGUGUUGUUGACAUCUACAACUGUGUCAAAGCCUUAAGAUCUCGUCGUAUCAAUAUGGUCCAGACAGAAGAACAGUACAUUUUUAUUCAUGAUGCAAUUUUAGAAGCCUGCUUAUGUGGAGAAACUGCUAUACCUGUCUGUGAAUUUAAAGCUGCGUAUUUUGAUAUGAUUAGAAUAGACUCCCAGACUAACUCUUCACAUCUCAAAGAUGAAUUUCAGACUCUGAAUUCAGUCACCCCUCGACUACAAGCUGAAGAUUGCAGUAUAGCGUGCCUGCCAAGGAACCAUGACAAGAACCGUUUCAUGGACAUGCUGCCACCUGACAGAUGUCUGCCUUUUUUAAUUACAAUUGAUGGGGAGAGCAGUAACUACAUCAAUGCUGCUCUUAUGGAUAGCUACAGACAACCAGCUGCUUUCAUCGUCACCCAAUACCCUCUGCCAAACACUGUGAAAGACUUCUGGAGAUUAGUGUAUGAUUAUGGCUGUACCUCCAUUGUGAUGCUAAAUGAAGUCGACUUGUCCCAGGGCUGCCCUCAGUACUGGCCAGAAGAAGGGAUGCUACGAUACGGCCCUAUCCAAGUGGAAUGUAUGUCUUGUUCAAUGGAUUGUGAUGUGAUCAACCGGAUUUUUAGGAUAUGCAACCUAACAAGACCCCAGGAAGGUUAUCUGAUGGUGCAGCAGUUUCAGUAUCUCGGGUGGGCUUCUCAUCGAGAAGUGCCUGGCUCCAAACGGUCAUUUUUGAAACUGAUACUGCAGGUGGAGAAAUGGCAGGAGGAAUGCGAGGAAGGGGAAGGCCGGACGAUCAUCCACUGCCUAAACGGUGGCGGGCGAAGCGGCAUGUUUUGUGCUAUAGGCAUCGUUGUUGAAAUGGUGAAACGGCAAAAUGUCGUCGAUGUUUUCCAUGCGGUAAAGACACUAAGGAACAGCAAACCAAACAUGGUGGAAGCCCCGAAUGAAGUUCCUAUGAUGCUACUGGAAUCAAUCAGGGCUCAUAAAAUCAGAACACAGCUUACAAAAUAA